CUCCCCCUUCCGUUUCUAUUUGUGAAGGGAGGAGGAAGGCAGAGGCGGGCUGGUGUCUCUGGCCGGGGACUGGAAUUUCAUCUGAAUGACUGCCCCAGCGCGCACGCAGCGCCCCGGAGUCGGCCCGCCCGCGCCCUGCUACCCGCAGCCGGCCGGCCAGCUGGGGGACGCCCGCGCCACGGCCCGGGGAUCGCGGGCGCGCCUCGCUCGCCGGCUCCGGCUCCAGCCAGCCUCGGCGCGGCCGAACUAGCUUCCCGUGCCCCUCGGACCUCGACCGGGAUCCGGGCGAGGAAGGCGCGGCUCGCACCGGCCAGAAGGGAGCUACUGUCGCCGCCGAAGGAAGAGCGCGGCUCCCUGGCUCCGUGCGCCGCGGGGCGCGCCCCGAUGUCAGCCGCGGGGCCGAGCGCAGGCCGCGGGCCGCCGCUGCCCUAGCCGCGCCGACGGGGAGGCGGCCUGUUAUAUGGAAUUUGGACCACCGCGCUCCCCUCCAGGGCUGGUGCCCCGGCCGCGGCCCUGGCGCAGCCCGCCGCCUCCCGCUAGCCACUCGCCAGGAGGAGGAGACGCAGCCGGCGGCGCGCGCGGCGCGAGGACCCAGGCUCCCUCCUCUGGGGGGCGGGCACGCGGAAGGCGCUGGUGACUGAGCGACUGGCGCGGCCGGCGGGGACCGGAGCUCCGGGCUCGGUGGGUCCCCGGCUGUAGCAGACGGAUCCCCGGGGCUGGGGAGUUAAGAGAGCUCUCCCCGGGUCCCCCCUGCCCGCAGCCGCCAUGGCGGAGAACUGGAAGAACUGCUUCGAGGAGGAGCUCAUCUGCCCCAUCUGCCUGCACGUUUUCGUGGAACCGGUGCAGCUGCCGUGCAAACAUAACUUCUGCCGGGGCUGCAUUGGCGAGGCUUGGGCCAAGGACAGUGGCCUUGUGCGCUGCCCGGAGUGCAACCAGGCCUACAAUCAGAAGCCGGGCUUGGAGAAGAACCUGAAGCUCACCAACAUCGUGGAGAAGUUCAACGCCCUGCACGUGGAGAAGCCGCCGACGGCGCUGCACUGCGUGUUCUGUCGCCGCGGCCCCCCGCUGCCGGCACAGAAGGUCUGCCUGCGCUGCGAGGCUCCCUGCUGCCAGUCUCACGUGCAGACGCACCUGCAGCAGCCCUCCACCGCCCGCGGGCACCUCCUGGUGGAGGCGGACGACGUGCGGGCCUGGAGCUGCCCGCAGCACAACGCCUACCGCCUGUACCACUGCGAGGCCGAGCAGGUGGCGGUGUGCCAGUACUGCUGCUACUACAGCGGCGCGCAUCAGGGACACUCGGUGUGUGACGUGGAGAUACGGAGGAAUGAGAUACGGAAGAUGCUGAUGAAGCAGCAGGAGCGGCUGGAGGAGAGAGAGCAGGACAUUGAGGACCAGCUGUACAAGCUCGAGUCAGACAAGCGCCUGGUGGAGGAGAAAGUGAGCCAGCUGAAGGAGGAGGUGCGGCUGCAGUACGAAAAGCUGCACCAGCUGCUGGAUGAGGACCUGCGGCAAACGGUGGAGGUCCUGGACAAGGCACAAGCCAAGUUCUGCAGCGAGAACGCGGCGCAGGCGCUGCACCUUGGGGAGCGCAUGCAGGAGGCCAAGAAGCUGCUAGGCUCUCUGCAGCUUCUCUUCGAUAAGACGGAGGACGUCAGCUUCAUGAAGAACACCAAGUCUGUGAAAAUCCUAAUGGACAGGACCCAGACCUGCACGGGCAGCAGCCUUUCUCCCCCUAAGAUCGGCCACCUGAACUCCAAGCUCUUCCUGAAUGAGGUGGCCAAGAAGGAGAAACAGUUGCGGAAGAUGCUAGAAGGUCCCUUUAGCACGCCGGUGCCCUUCCUACAGAGCGUCCCCCUGUACCCUUGUGGUGUGAACAGCUCUGGGGCAGAAAAGCGCAAGCACUCGACAGCCUUCCCAGAGGCUAGCUUCCUGGAGACCUCAUCAGGCCCAGUGGGCGGCCAGUACGGGGCCGCAGGCACAGCCAGCAACGAGGGGCAGUCUGGGCAGCCCCUGGGGCCCUGCAGCUCCACGCAGCACUUGGUUGCCCUGCCAGGUGGUGCCCAGCCAGUCCACUCGAGUCCCGUGUUUCCCCCUUCGCAGUACCCCAACGGCUCUGCCGCCCAGCAGCCUAUGCUUCCCCAGUAUGGCGGCCGCAAGAUUCUCGUCUGUUCUGUGGACAACUGUUAUUGUUCUUCCGUGGCCAACCACGGUGGCCACCAGCCGUAUCCCCGAUCCGGCCACUUCCCCUGGACAGUGCCCUCGCAGGAGUACUCACACCCACUUCCACCCACACCCUCCGUCCCUCAGUCCCUUCCUGGCCUGGCAGUCAGAGACUGGCUCGACGCUUCUCAGCAGCCUGGCCACCAGGAUUUCUACAGGGUGUAUGGGCAGCCAUCCACCAAACACUAUGUGACAAGCUAACGCCAAGCAGGCAGUGGACGCUGGGGACCCUUCCCCCAGCCCCGGUGGCUCGGGAAUUAUGCAUUCAGAGACCGGCCCUUCCCCCCCUCCUCUUUUCUUCUCCAUUCCUCCACGUCAUUUCUUUUUGGAUUAUGUUUUAUUUAGGGUCCUGUUUUGAUUUUUUUUUUUUAAUUAUGCAUCUCCUCGAUGAAGAGGUGAUGGUGGGAAGUGGCCUGGGCAGGGGCUGCAGGUAGCCCUGGAGUUAGGACAAUAUCUUAACUCAAGGCACUGGGCUCUCUUUCCUUUUUGAAAAAAUCCUACCCCCUUCCCUUCACACCCCCAUGGCUGGAAGAAGCCUAGGGUGACAGCUCUCCUUGCUUACCCUGGGAGGCGGCCCAGCACCCACUGGCCCAUUUCUCUUCCCUUCACUCUUUCUUCCUGGCAGUUUGAUCACUGGUGGAGUAAAGAAUGACCUACAGAUUGUGGAGGGUUUUAUUUGUUUUGUUUUUUAAUUUUUUUUUUUAAACCAAGAAUGAUUUCUAUUCAACAUCUUCCCAGCGGGAGUUCAAGGCCACAUCUCAAGCAGCCUUUGGCACCUUCAUGCCUGAGUGGAAUCUUUCAAAGCCAGGAGCCCCAUGUCCAGGAAAAGCGGGAAAAAAGAACUUUGCCAAUGAUAGUGACCACAGUGAAAGCAAAUAAUAAUAAUAUUAAUAAUAAUAAAGAGAAAUAAAAGAAAUAAUGAAUAAAAACAAGAGCACAGCCCUUGUGGAGGUCAGUGGGGGAGGGGCUGCCUAGAUGAGGUCCUCACCCGGAUCUUGGCAGAGCAGCUUCCUACAGUGAGCACUUUAUCCCAGUUGUGGACUUCCUGUCCAGAGCACACACACUGAAAUCCAGUCUUCUAAUAAACAUGAUGGCGCAGUGCA